GCGGAAGUGAUGCGUUCUGCUUCCCUCCCCCAUCCAUUCUGUUUAUUUCUUCAUUUCGCCGCCUGGUUCCGUUCGCUGCUGGUCGGUGGUCGCCAUGGCUCUGGAGACGGUGCCCAAGGACCUGCGCCACCUACGGGCCUGCCUGCUCUGCUCGCUGGUUAAGACCAUUGACCAGUUUGAGUUUGACGGCUGUGACAACUGUGACUCCUAUCUGCAGAUGAAGGGGAACCGGGAGAUGGUUUAUGACUGCACUAGCUCUUCCUUUGACGGCAUUAUUGCUAUGAUGAGCCCUGAGGACAGCUGGGUCUCUAAGUGGCAGCGAAUCAGUAACUUCAAGCCAGGCGUGUAUGCAGUGUCUGUGACCGGCCGCCUACCCCAAGGCAUUGUGCGGGAGCUGAAGAGCCGUGGAGUGGCCUAUAAGUCUCGUGACACAGCCAUAAAGACCUGAGGAGAGCUCUUCUCUCCCCCCCGCCUCAAAUCCUAUGCCAUUUCGGAAGAGACUGCCAUUCAGAGCUGCCUUCAUGUUAAGGGAGGAUGAUCUCUUUGGGGGCGGGGAAGCUUUUGCUGGGGAUCAGGAAUGGACUGACUGCUCCAUCCACAUCCUGAGAGAGGCCUUCCCAAGAGACUGUACACAGGAGUGCCAGCAGUUCCACGUAUUGAUGAUUUCUGUAAAUAUUCCUAAUAAAUUUGGUUAUGGACUCAGAAA